ACGGUUACCCUACUUUUGUUAUACACAUUCACAGGGAUAGCUUAGUAAUUUGCAGUAUGGAUCACCUCGUAACACCCUUUAAAAGACCCGAAAAGCGGGAGUUAACGAUAAAGCCGUGAAAUUCUGAAAACUGAACACAGUGAAAGGAAAAGGUGAGUUUUAGUUUCAGAGAGAGAAUGUGAAGCAAAAUCGAAAAUUUUCAAUGGCGGUUAGAAGCUUUUUGUGAAAUUGGAGGUGAAAAGGGGUUUAUUUGUGGAGGAGAUAGACUUAGUGGGUUUUUGACAGAGAAAGAGAAAUGACGACAACGACGGGGUUAACUAUCCAUGACCAAAACUUAGAGAAGCAAAUUGAGAAACAUAUGGGAGGUUGUAUGGCUGGGUUUUUCAAUCUCUUUGAUCGUUCUCAUCUUCUUUCUGGGAAAAGGCUACACACGAAACGUCUUCCUUCACCUUUUCUUCAUACGGUUGGUGAUUCGGCGUCAGAAUCAGUCUCCAUUGUUGGAUCUCCUGCAGUAUCAAUGGAACUCACGGAGCCGAAGAUUCAAUCACCGUUGCCUGAAAAUGUACCGGUUACUCCUAUUACCCCGGCUAAAUCGCCAUGGAAAUUUCACCGUGAAACGCCGAGGCUAUCGCUUGAUAGUCGAGCCAUUACUGAUGCAAAUGGCGGUUUACGACCGCGAGAAAUCCGAAUCAAUACUGUAUCAACUUCUGGAACCGCCAUUGAUGAUGACAGAGAAAAUCAACGGCGGUCUCCAAGUGUUGUUGCUCGAUUAAUGGGGCUUGAACCUCUUCCGAGCUCUUCUACUGAGCCUGAGAAGAAGGUUGAGCUUCGUAGAUCAGCGUCUGAGUCAAGAUCGAGAGAUUACAGGUUUUUCGAUACUCCGAGUUUACUCUCUCCUCUUAAAACUGAAAAUAUUGGAGUAGGAGAGAGAAAAUCGGAUCAAAUAUCCACCAUUAUCAGAAACCAGAACAAUCAUGGAGUAAAAAAUAACAUUCAGAAAACGAAUAACAAUACUCGGCGAAGAUUAAUGGUGGAAAGAAAAAGCUACUACAAUGCAACAGAUUUCUUUCCACCAGAACUUCCUGUAAAGCAACAAAAUCAAACAGUAACUAUUUACGGAGAAAUCGAGAGAAGGUUAAGGAUGAGAGGAAUCGAUGAACCUUCGAAAGAUCUAGAAACAUUGAAAAAUAUUCUUGAAGCUCUCCAACUAAAAGGUCUUCUACAUUCUUCAAAUUCUCAGUACAACGGGAGAUUCUCAUACGAAGAAGAAUCUCCUGUUGUACUAAUGAAACCUACAAGGUCUCAUCCAAAUAAUGCUCGCCGGAAAAAUUUGAACAAUAUUUCCUCCGGCGAGAGUCCGAGAAGAGAAAGGUCAACCCGAAGUCCGAUAAGGUCACCCGGAAGGAACGAAAAUCGACGUUCAAGUAGUCCAGGUGUUCGACGAAAAGGUGGUCCAUUAAGCGUUGAAACACAGAGGAGAAGCAAUGAAAAGAGUGGCAGAGUAUCACAUUCGCCUGUACAAUCUCCAAAAAUGAUGACGACUAAGUGGGGCGAUCAUACGGUGAAUCGUUCACCUCGUAAUCGGCGAUCAACGGUUGAGAGUUGUCAGGGUGAAAGGAUUCUCAGUGGUCCUGCAUUUGUUGAGGAUGAAGCAUCCACUACCAUUUCUGAAAGCAGUUUCAGUACUUCAUCACAUACCGACAAUGAGAGAUGGAAGGGAGACGAUAACAGAGAUGGGAGAAACUUAUUAGAAAGAUGUGAUAGGUUAUUACACAGUAUAGCAGAAAUAACGGCCAACAACUCGGGCUCAAACUCGAACUCAAACUCCACCGAGUUACAGCAACCGAGUCCAGUAUCGGUGUUAGACUCGUCCUUCUACAAGGAAGAUGAAUCGUCACCUUCUCCAGUUAAUAAACGUACCAUUGAUUUUAAAGAUCAAGUAGUUAUGGAAUUGGAAGAUGAACUGUUGUGGAGCCCAUCAUCAAUAUUCCAAUCAUCAAAACUCGAUCAAGAUUUCGAUUCAUCAGAUGACUCAGAAUUCAGCUAUGUAUCAGAGGUAUUCAGAGCAUCAAAUUACCUUCCAGAUGAAAAUAAUUUGUUUUUAUUGUUAGAGAAACAAAGUUCAAUUAGAGGCAAUAAAAACAAGUCCAAAACUUCUAUUCUUGAAAGGAAGCUCAUCUUUGACACCAUCACCGAAAUCCUCAAUCGAAAUCGACUACUUCCGCCAUGGAAAUCAGUAUUAAUAUCAAAUUCGGCUUCUGGAAGGCCGUCGUUGGAUCAAAUUUGGUCGGAAUAUCAAAAAAUCCGGGAGCAUGGACCGAGUGUGGACCUCAUGGAGGUUAUAUGCAGGGUGUUGAAGAAGGAUUUGGCCGGGGAUUCGAUGAAUGAGUGGAGUGAAUUCCCGAUCGAGAUGUCAGAGGCUGUUCUUGAUAUCGAAAGACUGAUAUUUAAGGAUCUAAUCGGAGAAACAAUCCGAGAUCUGUCGAAUUUUGCUGGGAAAAGUAUGGGUGUUCAAGCACAUCGUAGGAAGUUAGUUUUUUAAAAAAGUGCGGGAAAUAAAAAAAGUAUAAGAAGAUUAGAAAAUAAUAGGGAAAGAACAGUUUUUGGCGCGCUUAUUCUGUUUGUUUAUCUUUCUCACCAGCAUAAAAUGGCCCUUAAACCCCACUUAAUGUGUGUUUACUAUUAUUUUAUACUUAAGUAGAGCACUAGAGUUUGUGAUUAUUAAUAGUAAAUUUUGGUUUUCUUUUUUAAUUUAAAAUUUAAGUUUUUUGUUGGCCGUGUGUUUUUAACUUAUUUAAAGAAUUGUUGGAUUUAGAUUUACGAGAAAUUUAACGAUUAUUGUUUUUUCUCUUA